AUGGAGACUCACAUCAGUGCGCUUGUGCAACAGCAACUUGCUACCUCGAGCAGCCGAGCCAAACCUUCCGACAAGUGCAACAAGUGUGGAGGUUCUGGUCACUGGGCCCGCGAUCCUGUGUGUCCUUUAGCUGGAAAGAAGGGCAACAAUCGCGGUAAGAAUGCUGGCAACAACAACAAGCCCAAGGGCAACAAGAAGGAGGACACAAAAUGGAAGAAGAUUGCCCCUGGUCCUGGUGAGCCCCAACAGAAGGUUGUCAAUGGAAAGACUUGGAAGUAUUGUGCUCAUUGCACUCGUUGGUCUACUACCCACGGCACGGAUGGGCAUACUGGUCCAAAGAAGGAGUUGAUGGGUGAGCCGCAAGCUAACUUGUUCAUGUUUCCGCAUGCUUGGCACGUACCUUCAAUGGAAACGCCGUUGGCUCUUUGGAAUGUCUUCCAAUACUUGAUGUGCCGCGCCCUUCGGAACAUUCCCUUGUUGAUUAUUGUGUCCUUCUUGAGUUUCAAACUUGGAGCCCAGUGGUCGGUUUUGAAGCCUCUUCUCGCUCAGAUCCCGCCAAUGUUGUCUUUCGGAUGGUCAGCUGUCUACACAGCUUUCAGUGCGUCUUGGUUGAACAUGUUUGCUCCGCUGCUGUGGGCUAGUCUGUUGGUAUUCGGGACCUUACCCCAUCACCUUCAGCACCAGCUCCUCGGAUACCAGUCGCCACAGGAGUUCAAGCCUUUCCGAAUGACAAAACCGAAGUACAAGCAACUCGUUCGGUCCUGCCGUCGCAAACGUCGCCCCAAGUCCUUCAGCAACCAUCGCCACACCCGUCACUAUGGCCUUGCUACUCGAAAACGCCGUCCAUUGUCUCAUCGACAUGAUCGCUUCUCUCAAGAAGUCUUUGAACUCUCUCAGUACAUUGACGCCUUUGGCAAAGCUAUUUUGUUUCAUUGUGUUCCACGAGAGGGAGAUAUUUGGAGAGCCCUUCAUGAGGGAGAUAAUUGGAAUGAUUGGAAGAACAAGAGUCGUAAGAAGAAGACAAAUAGUGAGACAUGGCAAGAUUGUGGUGGCCACCAUGGAGACGACCCAAACUCAACGCACCCUUCAGCACACUGUCCCCGUUGCAAGCCCAAGAAGUAUCGCAAUCGACCCAAUGGUGCAUGGGAAACUUCUGGACACUGGAACAAGUAUUCUCGUUGGACCUACUACAAUCCAAACAAAAGAGCAUCUGCUAAUGAUUGGAGCCCUCACAGUGAAGCCUUCAGUUCCUGCAACAUUAGACGACAAAGGAUGAGACGUUGUAAUCAAAGGAACACAGUGUACAAGCCAACAAUUGGCAAUGGAAUUCCUAUGUCACAGCUCAAGGUGCUUACCUCUCCGAUUGCAGCUACAUUCUUUGCCAAUGGUAAUGUCCCGCCGCACUUGAACAACAUUACGGAGCGUUUCAAGGCUGCAACAGAUCCAAAGCAAGCCAUCGAAGAAUAUCAGAAGCUUCACAGAGUGCGGAAGAACAAGGUGAUUUAUGACUCCGGUGCGAGUCAUUCUCUUUCUCCAUGCAAGAGGGAUUUCAUUGGACCCAUUCAACCAGCUCCAAUUGGACUACGAAUCAAAGGGAUUGCAAGAGGACUGCAUAUUGCCUGUGUUGGCACCACCAGUCUGCUCCAAGCCUAUCCACUGGAACAAAUCUUGCAAUCAAGCACACUAUUGACAAUGAUUGGAACCAAGGAUUUGCUGUCAAGGGACAAUGUGAAACAAAAUGAAGCUACCAACUCAAUUGAAGUUGCAAUUGACCCAGCAACAAACCUACCUACCUCUCUUGCCUACGAUCAUGGCUCCAACUCCAACUCCACAAACUUUGAAGCCGAAUUCAACAACUUUCUGACAACAUUGCCACUCUGUGCAGGAUGUCAAUUUGGCAAGCAACGUCGUCGUCCAGCUCCUGGAAAGACCUCAAGGGUGGUCCGCGAUCGUGAGGGAGCCCUGAAGAAAGACAACUUGUUCCCAGGACAGAAAGUGUCAGUGGAUCAUUUUGUUUGUUCAACAAAAGGACGAUUGCUACAUACCUUUGGAAAGGAAGAUGAUUCACUUCGAUUCUCAGGUGGAUGCAUCUUUGUGGAUCAUGCCUCCGGUUUCGUCCACGUCCAUCAUCAGGUUCAUCUCAACACUCAUGAAACUUUGCAAGGCAAGGAAGCUUUCGAAAACAAGUGUCGAGAGUUUGGAGUUAUUGUGUCAGAGUACCAGAGUGACAAUGGUGGAGCUUUCACAUCAAGGGCAUACACUGAGCACUUACGACAGUUUGAACAGGUUUCUUCGUUUGCAGGAGUCGGAGCUCAUCAUCACAAUGGAAUCGCCGAACGAUCCAUCCAAACGAUUAUGUCCAUUGCGCGAACGAUGAUGUUGCAUCAAGCCAUCCAUUGGCCUGAUGUUGCUGCUGCCAACUGUUGGCCCCUUGCCGUGGAUCAAGCUGUCUUCUUGUACAACCACAUGCCAAAUCCAACCACAGGUCUAUCUCCGAAUGAUCUCAUCAGUCGCACCCGCUGGCCUCAAUCUCGACUCGCCGAUGUUCAUGUUUGGGGAUGCCCAGUAUACGUUCUUGAAAAGAAGAUCCAGGAUGGACAAAAGCUGCCUCGGUGGCAACCCCGCUCAACUCGGCAAAUCUAUGUUGGAUUGAGCAAGAAGCACGCAUCGUCAGUUCCAUUGUGUUUGAAUCCAGCAACUGGCGCCAUCACAUCCCAAUUCCACAUUGUGUUUGAUGACGAGUUCUCAACAAUUGCUACAAGUGUCGACGACUUACCGGAUUUUGGUUCUAAUGAAUGGAUGAAGCUUUUUGGAGACUCGAUUUACCAAUACAUCUUGGAUGAUGAUGAUGAUCAUGAACCUCCAGUUGACCAAGCUCCAUCCGACCUUCCGCCAUUGGUGUCUCGCGUCCGAGACCAAAUCGAACAUCAUCGCCCUUCCGAACCAUUGGACGUCAAGCCCCCACCUACCACCGUGCCACCAUCUGUCGGAUUGUCAAAUCAGCAACCUUCGCUCCAGAGGGAGAUUCCACUAUCUUCGCUCCAGAAAGAGACUCCACUACCUUCACUCCUAAGGGAGACUGUGAAUGAGGCUCCGCCUUCCCAGCCGUCUGCGCCUCAGAGGGAGAUGAAUGCGACUCCAAAGGAGAUGCCACAGCCCCCCACACGUGAAAAAACCAGCUCCACAGCCUACACGUCCAAAAACGAAACCAGCUCCACAGCCUGCUCCUGCUCCUAA